CCCAGUGUCUGGCUGCCUCUCAUUUCCGGGUCUGUCAUGUGACUCUCCGGUCGCGCCAUGGCGGAAGCAGAGGAGCAGGAAACUGGGUCCCUUGAAGAAUCUACAGAUGAGUCUGAGGAAGAAGAGAGCGAAGAGGAACCCAAGCUGAAGUAUGAAAGACUUUCCAAUGGGGUAACUGAAAUUCUUCAGAAGGAUGCGGCUAGCUGCAUGACAGUCCAUGACAAGUUUUUGGCACUGGGCACACAUUAUGGCAAGGUUUAUUUGCUUGAUGUCCAGGGGAACAUCACUCAGAAGUUUGAUGUAAGUCCUGUGAAGAUAAAUCAGAUUAGCUUGGAUGAAAGUGGAGAGCACAUGGGCGUGUGUUCCGAGGAUGGCAAGGUGCAGGUAUUUGGACUGUAUUCUGGAGAAGAAUUUCACGAGACUUUUGACUGUCCCAUUAAAGUACGUAUUCAGCAAGUUUUACCUUUUCUAAGGGUUUUCUCAAGGAAGGCAAUGAGGAUUACAGUAAUUUGAACAUUACCACUUCUGUA